AUGCCCAAAGGCUACAACAAAGCCGUCGACUGGUGGGCUCUGGGUGUUUUGGUCUACGAAAUGGCGGCCGGUUAUCCCCCUUUCUUCGCGGACCAGCCCAUUCAGAUCUACGAGAAAAUCGUUUCCGGCAAGGUAAGACCCUCUCUGACCGGCCUACACUUUCACGCAUUGAAUGCACAUGUUCUGGGCGCAUUGACUGAAUGCAUGCUGGGCAGGUCGAGCUACCACAGUUGGGUGAGGACGAGGAGAGACUAA